AUGUUAGAGGAAUCUAAAGUUAAUCCUACUGCCAUCGAUUCGGAAACGGUGGUAUUACCAUCUGUUAAGGAAUCUUUUUCUUCUCUUCCCUCAUCCGGAGAAGUUAGAGCCCGCAUCGCAGCCGUUAGGAAAGUGAUUGUAAAUUAUGAAACCUAUAUUGCAUAUCAGAUAGUGACCCUUGCCAAUCGCGGAGAUUAUCCCUCGGGGAUUUGUGUAGUCGAGCGACGAUAUCGUGAAUUCGACUGGCUCUAUAGUCGCUUUCUUUCAAUUUAUGCCGUCCUUUUCGUUCCUCCUCUUCCUGGCAAGAAAGUUCUCUCUCAAUUCAAUCGAUAUGACUCCAGUUUUGUCGACAGACGAUGUAGCGGCCUUCAAACAUUCCUUCAUAAAUCUGCCUCUCAUCGUAUUCUCUCCUCAAAUCCUGAUUUCAUCGCCUUUCUAACUCUUUCGAACAAUGAUUUUCAGAGGUACAAGCAAAGAUAUCCGACUGAGAGCUCUCUGAUUUCUUCCCUCAUUGGGUAUUCGCCCCAAGUCCUCUCGAGUGACGCCUAUAUUGGGACAGCAGAUAUCUCUGAACAACAAGUAGUUGAUGCCAUAACUACAACCCUGCCUUCGAAUUCGCCACCUCAAUCAUCCAACCCUGUUAUCAUACCAUCCACAAGGGAAGUGUCAAGCCCACAGCAUCUGCGUCAGGCUUCUGAGAAGUUUUCUUGCUAUCAAAUUGAGGCAAUGGAGUAUACAGCUCUUUGCCAAAGUCUGUCCUCUCUUUUGGAUCGAAUGACCACCCAGCUGGCCACGCUAUCUUACGAUCAUGCCGAGUUGGCCAAAACUCUCGAGCAGGCUGGACAGUCGACAGUUGUCGCAGCAUCGGCAUCAACCACCAACUCGGAAGACGGUUGGGCAUCAUCGCUAGUGGGCUCGGCUAUGCGUCGAACAGCUCAAGCCACUCAUGCUCUCGCUUCGAGACUGUCUGAUGAUUCAGCUCGUCCGUGGCACGAGAACGCGGCUUUCGGUGAAGCUGUUAAGAGAGUACUGAAGAAUAGGCAGACAAUUCAAGUAAGUAUUCUAUUUAUCGACUGGGUAUUUGAUUUUGGCCCUACUAUUCAGCAGGCUGUAUGUCUUACAUUUUCUUCCAACGUUCAAUACUGCAACAGGGAUAUCUACUUCAGUCUCGAUCAGGAGGUUAAAGAACGCCGGCGACUCGAAGGCGAUGGGAGUGAGGAUGUGGUGUUUCAGCAUCCCCAAGCACCGGCUUCCACAGACACUACUGCUGUUUUGACCAGCGAUACGCAAGUGAACUCCACUUCUUAUAAAUGGCUAGCCCGUUUCGCAUCUAUGCCUUGGCGUAGCAAUUCGAAGAGGCGAAAGAACAUUCCAAUAAGUGAAGUAAGUCCUUGA